UUGCCAUUAAAUUAUUUUUCCAUUUUGCAGAUCGCAAAAUCACACACAAUCUAAAUCACUUUGGUCAAAAUGGCUUCCUCUUCUUCAUCCGCUACCCCAGAGUUUGAUGUCUACCUGAGCUGCGCAGAAGACACCAGGAAAGGUAUGGUCUCACAUCUUUAUCGUUCGUUGUCUCAAAGAGGCAUUACGACUUACACACGUGAUGACAAGCUGGAGAAGAGAGCCUCGUCCCCUGAUUCUGAGUUUUCCGACCAAUGGAAAUAUACCAUAGAUGCAAAAGUUUCCGUUGUCGUUGUCUCGAAGAGCUAUCUAGCCUCUGCUUGGUGCCUGAACGAGCUCCAAACAAUACUAAACUUCCUCGACAUAGGCCGUCUGUUAGUUCUUCCCAUUUUCUACGGAGUCGAUCCUUCAAAUGUGAAAAACCAGACUGGAGAAGUCGAAGAACCCUUCAGAAAGCUUGGUGAAAAGUAUCCUGAGAAGGAUCAAGCAUGGAGGAUGUCUCUUAUCGAUGUCAGCAACUUAUUCCCCAGGAUUUGGAGCGGUGAAGCAGAGCUGGUCGAAGCAAUUACAAAAAGAGUUGAAGUCUUGCUUCGUUACUCGGAUAAGUCGAGUAAUCCGAGAGGGACUUAUCCAUUGACAACCAAAGUCAAUGGACUGUUCGGGAUGGACCGUCAAAUGCUAGCACUGUACAAACUAUUAGAUUUAAAUUCUAACGAGGAAGUUCGGUUGAUCGGCAUUUGUGGUCCGGGAGGCGUUGGCAAGACCACGCUAGCGAAACUAGCAUAUGAAGAUAUGUCUAAACAUUUCCAUGCACAUGUGUUUGUAGACAACGCCAAAAACAUUUAUCAGCAAGACCCCGAUGAGUCACAAGAAACAUUCACAUCAGGAAAGAUUCAAAGGUGGUCUCAAAAAAGAACAAGGGAUGUUAGCACUGGUGUGAUCAAAUCAACAGUUGGACACCGGAAAGUUCUCCUUGUGAUUGAUUCUGUCGACAGCAUGGAGCAGUUAAAGGACAUAGCAGACAUUGUUGGUUGGUGUGGUUCACGAAGUAGAGUCAUUCUUGUCACACAAGACAAGAAUUUGCUAGAUAACUUUGAUGUGAAGCAUGUCUACGAAGUCAACUCGCUGAGAUACGAUGAAGCUCUUCAACUCUUUUCUCAAUCUGCAUUCAAAGAGACAAACCCUCCUACGAGUUUCGAAUCACUUUCUCUUCGUGCUGUCCAGAUCGCAAGCUUCCUUCCCCUGACUCUAAAAAUCCUCGGUUCUUUUCUACAAGGCAAGGAUGAAGAAGGAUGGGAGAAGGAACUGCAAAAACUCGAAGGAGGUCAAGAGAAAACUAUUGCGGAGAUAAGGAAGAAAUGCUUCACAAGAGUAAACGAGGAAGACCAGAUCCUUUCGUUUAUCUUGCCUUAGACAAAAGUCAUCUGAAAUGGUGUUGGAUGUUCCAUAAACGAACAGCAAUGUCAAGUGUCAGAAGGAGUUUUGAUAAUGUAUGAUAUAACAUUUUCAUUACAAACUAUUCUGGUUUUGUCCGAGUUUUUAUUGUAUCCAUGACUCCAUCAUCCCUAGAUAAGCUAAUGAAUCCAACGUUUAAGGA